AUGGCGCUUGAUUCAGCAAUCGAACUCGUUUCACAACGGAGUACUUCCACCUCCGCCAAUAACUCUUACAUCUUCACCGGCAAACGCAGCGAAAUCGAUCAGUAUUUGCAAGCCGUUGACAUUAUUCAACACUCGAUCGCUUCCGGAUCUGCACACGACCACAAUACGGCGAAAUCCGCGAUUCAGAUCGCCAUGCCUGUGCUUGUCAACGAGAUGCACAACCUACUCAACAUCAACAACAACAAGUCAACUCACAAUCCAGAUUCCACCACUUACUCCAGUACAAUGUCAGAUACCGGUUCCAACAGUUACAUAGAUGAUUAUGAAUAUCGUAGCACAUUCAGUGUAACAGUUAUUAAUGAUAUUCAAAGUAUCCUUAAAAGGAUGAAUGCUGCAGGAUAUAUGGAAGAUUGUAAGAAGGCGUACGUUAGCAAUAGGAAACGUUGCAUUGAUGACAGUUAUCAGAAGCUUGAUGUUCAGAAAUUGAGCAGCAAUGAUGCUCGCACGAUGGAGUGGCACACGCUGGAGUUGGUGAUUAAAGUUUGGAUGAAAUCGGCUAAGAUCUGUUUUAGGAAAAUCUUACCGUAUGAGAAACAUUUGUGCGAAAUAAUAUUCGGUGAUGAUAUGGAUGAUGACUGUUUUAUCGAGAUGUCCAGUGGUUGCGCGAUUGAGUUGCUCGAAAUUGCCACGAGUUUAAGCUGUGUUAGGAUAGCAUCUGAUAGGCUUUUUAGGAUUUUAGAGCUAUACAAGACAUUUACGGAUCUUCUACCGGAGAUGAAUAAGAUGUUUAAUGCACAAUCAUCUGAAUCAUUUAGAACAAAAGCGGGUCAGAUGGUUCCUAAACUUGCUGGUGUUGCUUGUAUGAUCGUUGAGAAAUUCGAGAAGGAUCUGUUUUCUGCUGAUCUGUCUCAACAUGCUCCUGUUGAUAAGAUUCAUAGUUUGUGCAGAUAUGUUAUGGACUACGUGUACAAACUCGGUCAAAACAAGCAAACGCUAAUGGAAUUGUCUCUAUCUAAGCCACCACUGACACCGAGUGUUGAAAUGAACUUCACGGUUGUGGAACCACAACUGCAAAGCAAGUUGCCGUUUCAUGUGAUGUGGAUCAUAAUGUGCUUGGUGUACAAAUUGGAGGAUGAAGCAAAAGGAUAUAAAUAUGAUUCUGAUACUAACUUUUAUCUGAUGAACAACUUGUUUUACGUUGUCAAGAAGAUCGACGGAAGGCUAGAAGUCAAGGAAAUGAUAGGAGACGACUGCUUUGAGAAGGUGUCCUCAAAGUUUGAUCAAGCGAAAGCCAAGUAUUUGAGAUUGACUUUGGGAAAAGUCUUGAGCAUUAUUGAGGAUAAUACAUCAUUGCAAAAGAGAUUAAAAGGUUUUAAUACAGAGUUCAAGAAGCUCCAAAUCAAUCUGGAAAAAUUAAGAGUGCCAGAUUUUCAACUUCUAAAGGACAUCCGUGUAUCAAUGGAGGAAACGUUGGUUCCAGCAUAUUCUUCAUUUCUUGAACAAUUACGCGUGUCACCCUGUUCAAUGGUUGAUGUCAAGUUUUCUGUUGAAGAACUUAAAAUUGCUAUCCUAGGUUUCUUUCCUAGUACCUGA